GAGUGUUCAUGUGACGUCACUUGAGUUUCGUCAGGUCUGCACCGGCGGCUCCAUCGGCUGCAAAAUCUGCUCAACGCGAACGAUCGCUUUUAGUUCAAAGCCGCCCUAUGAAGACUUAACAACGUUUUUCGUCAUCUCCUGGCAAAUACAAUAGGAGUUAAAAAAUAUUGUGAUACUUAGUUUUAGUGUGCCAAAAUAGUUGAAAAUGGAUGACGACCAGCAGUUUUGUUUAAGGUGGAAUAACCACCAGUCAACGUUAGUAGCCGUAUUUGAUACAUUGUUAGAAAAUGGUACCCUGGUGGACUGCACCCUGGCAGCAGAAGGAAAAUACCUGAAUGCACAUAAAGUUGUUCUUUCAGCAUGUAGUCCAUAUUUCGAGACGCUCCUCUCGAAGCACUUCGACAAACACCCCAUCGUCGUCCUCAAAGACGUCAAAUUCCAAGAACUGAAAGCCAUGAUGGACUACAUGUACAGGGGCGAGGUGAACAUAUCCCAAGACCAGUUGGGCGCCCUCCUCAAGGCGGCCGAAUCCCUUCAAAUCAAAGGUCUGUCGGACAACAAGCGCGGCGAGACGGAGCGCAAGCCCGUGCUGGCGCCCAAGAGCCCGCCCGCGGCUGCCGCGCCCGCCCAGACGGCGCUGCCCAAAGUGCAGGGCCUCACGAUCGAGCAGCGCGGCAGAGAAGAGGGCAGGGAGGGCAGCACGUCGCCCGGCCCUCGGAAGAAGAAGCGGAUGCGGCGGAAGAGCGAGGAGAUGGAUAACCAUCACGACGCGUCAAAUUCCUCAGAGUCUCACAGCCUGCCCGCCGCCCACACGACCGCCCCCGCUCUCCUACCCGCCAUCUCGAAAAUGUCCGCCGACGUGCCUGAACCCGUAGAAACCAAAUCCGAAAUCCUAACAAGGCACAAACAACAACAACCACAGCCCGACGACCACACCCCGCAAACCCAACAACAACUACCGAUACUGAAGGAAAAGAUCGAAACGCACACGGAACUGAUGCUCGAGCCGAAGGCCGAGUACGUGGAAGAGAUGAACGAGGACAGUAUCGAGGAUUUGACGUUGGACGACGAUGAUUUGAGUAAUAUGGAGCAAAUGGACGAUCAGGCGGGGCCGAGUCACGGGAACGCGGGGGAAGGAUCCAGCCAAGGUUUCGGUGGCUGGCAUAUGGGUAAUCAGAGUCAAGACGAAGUAUUUUUGGCCGCGCAAGAGGCCGUAGGCGCUCACCGAGACUCACAAGGCGGGGAAAAUUGGUAUCUGCGACAAAUCGAUCCGGAUUCUGCACAUGGUUUUCCCUGCAUCAACUGCGGGAAAAUCUACAAACAUCGAGGAAACAUGCGCAGACACAUGGUCUAUGAAUGUGGGAAAAUGGCCCAAUUCCAGUGUUCUUUCUGUGACAGGAAAUUCCAUCAACAGUCUAAUUUGAAAAGACAUUUCGAAAAUAAGCAUACUCUGUUACCUAAAUUCAGUAAAAGCAUUACGGUUUACCGUACCAGAACCGUAUCUUAAAUUCUAGUCAAACACAAGCUUCCUUUUGGAAAUUUUAUAGUUACCAGUCAGUUUUAUUUUUUUAUUACCAGUGAACUAAAUCAAAAAUCAAAUCUGCGAUCAACUUCUCCAUCACUAUUGAAUUUGGUUUUGAAACAACUUAUGUUUUGGAAAUGAUACAAUUUUUGUUUGGCCUAACCGAAAUCAACCAAGGAUCUGUACAAAUUUAAACUAGUCUAGUCGAUGUUGUGUGCCAUAUUUUUAAGUAUCAUUAGAUUUGGUCUCUAGUAGGUUAGGUUUUGAGUUCCUGAUAAGUUGUAAAUAUGUACGAGAAAGAAAAUACCAAAGAAAUGUAAGCGACCAAAAAUAUAUACCGAGG